AUGCUCGCGACCUUUCGCUCUGUGCAGUCACCAGUAAAACUUUGUGUUGUGCCUGAAGCAUUAAACACCUCUGGGGAAAAGGGAACACGAGAAGAAUGGUCAAAUUCAUUAUACACGCAGAUAAAUUACGAGGUCAAGUUAAAAGUCGACGGGCCAGAAGGGAAGACGGGUGAACUGGAAACAGUUCACGAAGAUGUCAGAGGCAAAGAAAUUGGAACAUUACAACUUGGGGAGGAUGGUAUCCCAAUAAUUCGGGUUGGCCAUUGGACCAUCGCGGGUCAAAUAAUCGAAUUGGAGAGACCCAUAAUGGUCAUUAAACGACGACAAACUAAAUCAGAACGGACUACGGCUAGUUAUAAUGACAUAACACCGGAUGAUACAGAAUCGAAUAAUGUACACUUUGACUUUAGGUCAGAAUCGUCCAUGCUUGCUGAAAAUUUUCAACGGUCGGUGGGAAUGAUUUCUGGGUCGUCAAAAGACUUGGAGGCGGAGGAUUCUGACGACAAUAAUCUCACGGAAAGUGAGAUUUCGAAACCGAGGGUUAGUCUGCAUAGACCCAAAGUUUCUUCCGAGAACGGUCAAAACGGAAGGACGAGUGACAAAGAGGAGAAUUUAAAUGUAGAGUAUGAUGCUGUUCAGGUGUUUAGAAAGAUUUACUUGUUUAGGAAUAGACCAAUUCCUGUUCGGUAUGGAUACUAG